CAAACCCGGAAGACGUGCUCGGGCAGCUGGAGUGUGCGGGCCCGCCGGGCACGGCCAUGCAGCCCCUGGAGGUAGGUCUGGUUCCCGCUCCACCUGGGGAGCCGAGACUGACCCGCUGGCUGCGGCGAGGCAGUGGGAUCUUGGCGCACCUGGUAGCUUUGGGCUUCACCAUCUUUCUGACAGCGCUGUCCCGGCCAGGAACCAGUCUUUUCUCCUGGCACCCUGUAUUUAUGGCCUUGGCGGAUGUAUGAGAGGACCUCCUUUUUUCUCAGGCCUCCAAGCCAGACAUGAGGCUUACUUCUCUCUCCUAUGUUCACAGUUCUGCCUCUGCAUGGCCAAAGCCAUCCUACUCUUCUCACCUGAAUACUCUCCGUUCUUUUUCUGCUCCCGAAAAGCUCGGAUCCGGCUCCACUGGGCAGGGCAGACCCUAGCCAUCCUCUGUGCAGCUCUGGGCCUGGGCUUCAUCAUCUCCAGCAGGACCCGCAGUGAACUGCCUCAUCUGGUGUCCUGGCACAGCUGGGUAGGAGCCCUGACACUGCUGGCCACUGGUGGCCAGGCUCUGUGUGGGCUCUGCCUCCUCUGUCCUCGGGCAGCCAGGGUCUCGAGGGUGGCUCGCCUCAAGCUCUACCAUCUGACAUGUGGACUGGUGGUCUACCUGAUGGCUACAGUAACGGUGCUUCUGGGCAUGUACUCAGUAUGGUUCCAGGCCCAGAUCAAAGGUGCAGCAUGGUACCUUUGCCUGGCACUGCCACUGUAUCCAGCCCUUGUGAUCAUGCACCAGAUCUCCAGAUCCUACUUACCAAGGAAGAAAAUGGAAAUGUGAGUUCCUGCAAACUCUGAAUCUAGAUGGAACACUUGCCUUGGACUUCAUGGUUCCUUUGGUCGUCUACAAGGGAUCUGUUUCAGAAGUGGUCAGGUUUUUGCACUUCUUGGCUGGUUCAGGGACUGCAGAAACCAAAGCUGCUAUUGCCGAGGAAUAAUUCAGUGGGUCAAAAUGGGGAAACGUACUGGGUACGAGUGGAAGGUGAUGGAGAGCCUGAUCCUGAAGCCUCUACUUGAUGAGAGUUAGUUUUGGGUGGUGCUAGUGAUAUGCUGGUGGUCAUUUCUUGCUUGUGUGCCUGAUGAAAAAUUGUAAGUUAUGAAUGGCAUCCAUGGAUAUUUGGCUUACUUUUAAGAAAACAGUGUGAUGUAGUAGAGAGAGUCUAUGGGCCUUGUUUAUGGGAUAUGGUACUCUUAGGCUCUGUUGUACAACCUUAGGUACAUUCCAUACCUUAAGACCUCUGUUUCUUCAUCUGUGAAAUGUUUCUAAGCAGUCUCUAAGUCCCUUCCAUCUUAAUAUUCAACAUCUGUCAGGUCUGUGUCUCAGAACACCCUCCCAGCUGUGAACCAUGUGGACCACUUAGCAGACUCGGGGUAUCUCCUUACUCUCCCUUUACUCCCCUGGAGGGACAGCUCUGCCCUUGAGGUCCUUCAGAAAUUUGUGCUGAUUUGGUCCCUGCGCCAGGGCAUAGAGGGUCAGACACUGUGGAGAGAAGGGACUCAGAUGAGGGUCUUCUGGACUCUAAGAUGGUGAAGGCACUAAAGUCACUUUAAAGCUUUUGGAGGAGUAAGAGGGCAUUGGCAUAUUCCUUCAGCCCACCUCAGGAUCUGGGCUUGAGGACUGCAAGGCCUGUGUGUGCUCCCUCCCCUGAAAUUGCUUCUCAGGGCAAAGGAGCCCUGGGCAUCUCAUGCUUUGCUCUUCUUAGGGCUCAGAUUCUUGCCUUAGCACAUAGCUACUUGGAGCUUUUCAAGCUUUUCAUAAGGGUCAAGGAAGUGGG